AUUUGGAGUUCCUCUACUGCGUACUGCGUCGGAAUAAUUAGAACAUUUCGCGCGCUCUGAGUUCUUGAACUAUGCUUGAUUUUCCAGUUUACCAGAAUUCAACCUGUAUUUCAUUACUCAACGCUCAACACUGAGUGUAAUCAGCUCAACAUGAAGAGGCAAAUUAGAAGACGUUAUUUAUGGAAUCCUUACGGACUGCGAUUGAAUAUAAUAAAUUGGAUCAACAUGAGGAGACGCCAUAAAGCGCGGUCUUCACGAAGACAUAAGAAAGAUGGAAUAGAUAGAAUUAGCACUUUUCCGGAUCAUGUUUUAGGCAACAUUCUCUCUUUACUUUCUCUCAAAGAUGCAAUUAGAACCAGCAUUUUGUCAUCGAGAUGGAGGUAUCUGUGGACCUUAUCAAUGAGUCUUGAUCUUACUUUGUUUGAAAAUGAAGGACUAGAAAAAUUCGAGAGUUUUGUGAAUUAUGUCCUUGACAAUUGCAAAUCAAUGAACUUGGAUAAAUUUCAUUUGCAUUGUCCCGAAGCAGUAGGCUUCUCGCUAAUUAAUGGCUGGGUUUCUAGUGCCAUAAGUCGCAACCCAAAGCAACUUGACCUGUAUAUAGAUUUUGAAGAAUUGGAGGAUUGUUAUGAUGAUAAUCCUGAAGCUGUCCCUCUUCCUCCUUAUCCUAACUGUAUCCUUAAUUACAACAAUCUGGUUGUUCUUAAGUUGAAGUCAUGCUUUGAGGUUGAAAUUCCAAGCUCCGUGUCUUGUUUUCCUUGUCUCAAAACUUUGACUUUCACAGGUUGGUAUCCUUAUCAUAGUUCUGUAGUGAACAGGCUCAUUUCUAGUUGUCCUGUGUUGGAAAUACUACGCGUAGUAGGAUCUUGUGAACCAGAUGAACCAUUGUUGUUUGAUAUUUCUAAUAUCACUGUGAAGAAACUGUACUUAGAUUUCAACACAGGUGAACGCGGGCUGCAUCAACAUUUUGUCAUCAUCAAUACUCCAAAUCUUGAAUACCUCAAUAUCAAAGACCAAACACUUGCCUGUUAUGUUGUGAAUAAUGUGGAUUCGGUGAUCAGUGCUUAUAUUGAUUGUCAAGGACCUUUCGGCAGGGAUGCAGACACUAAACAAGUCGUUCGACUCUUUCUGCUUCUGGAAAGUGUUGCCAAGGCCAAGCAAUUAACAUUAUCUGCCGAUUCUUUACUUAUUCUCAAACCAACAUUCUGCUGUACAUGGCCUAUAUUUAUCAAUUUGACAAAUUUGCAAUUAAAUGCAAGUGAAUGCUUUGAUUGGACAUUGCUGGCAUAUUUUCUCAAAAGCUCGCCUAAUUUAGAACGUCUUGGUCUUGGCAAGGAUCUCUUUAGCAGAGAGUAUCAAUUUGAGGAUCAAUUUAAGUGGAAUCCACCUGAUGAUAUUCCCGAAUGUUUGAAGCUGAAGCUAAAGUACGUUGAAAUGACAAUGUUCAAAGGACGCAAUGAUGAGCUUCAACUAGUAGAGUACCUGUUAAACAAUGCUCAAGUAUUAGAGGUAAUGUUUAUCAUCACUUACCCCUACCCUCUGAAGGAUGAGAUGGUGGAGAAAGUAGACAUGUUUGAAAGAGCUUCUCAGGCGUGCAAUGUCUAUGUUGUUGAGGAAAUGAGGAGAAAGUUGUCCAAAAAAGAUCUCGAAGAGUUGUUUGAUAUUUGAGAUGAUAAUGAUGUCAGUGUCCUUGUAUUAAAUAUGAUUAGAACUAUUUUUACCAAACAUGCAUCCCUCCCUAAAAGUUAAAACAGAGUUUAAGAGGUUGAAUGUUGGAUAUGACGUAGAAUUAUGUAGUUAUUUCUAAUUUGUUGAAUAUAGUGUAUUGACCUGUUUUCGUAGCAAAAAAAUGAUUGUCUAUAUGAUUCUCA